AUGACUUCAAAUAGGCCAUUACCGCUCUUUGCCUCUGCUGAUGUUCAGAAACACGUGAGUCCAAAGGAUUGUUGGGUUACGCUAUAUCAUAGGAAGGUUUACAACGUUACAGAGUUUUUGGAGGAGCAUCCGGCUGGAGACGACUUGAUUUUGGAGUAUGCUGGGAAGGAUAUCACACAGAUUAUGGGUGAUCAGCUAAGUCAUAUUCACUCCGAAUCUGCUUAUGAAAUGUUGGAUGAAGACAUGUUGGUCGGAUAUUUGGCAACACCGGAAGAAGAAAGGGAAUUACUUUCCAAUAAAGAUCAUGAGGUCGAAGUGCAGCUAGACUCCAAGGGAAAUGUAGUUGAAGUCGAUAUUGACCUAACUGAGUUUGGUGAACUUCCGGCUGAGGGUUUACUCUCGUUGAAAACAGACUAUGAACACGACUUGGUUAAACACCAAUUUUUGGACUUGAACAGGCCUUUGUUGAUGCAAGUUUUACGUGGAUCAUGGACUAAGGAGUUUUAUUUGGACCAAGUUCAUCGUCCUAGACAUUACGGAAAGGGUUCUGCUCCUCUUUUUGGAAACUUUUUGGAACCUCUGAGUAUGACAGCUUGGUGGAUUGUACCCAUGGUAUGGCUUCCUGUGAAUUUCUAUUUUUUCUACAUUGGAUUCACCAAUCAAAACAAAUUAGUCGCCAUGGCUUUUUGGCUUUUGGGUCUAUUUGUUUGGACCUUCUUGGAAUAUGCUUUGCAUAGAUUUUUGUUCCACUUGGACUACUAUCUUCCAGAGAAUCAAAUUGCAUUUACCAUUCAUUUCUUAUUGCAUGGGAUACACCACUAUUUACCAAUGGAUAAAUACAGAUUGGUGAUGCCACCUACACUUUUCAUUGUACUUUGCUACCCAAUCAAGACGCUCGUCUUUUCUGUUCUACCAUAUUACAUGGCUUGUUCUGGAUUUGCAGGUGGAUUCCUGGGCUAUAUCAUGUAUGAUGUCACUCAUUACGUUCUGCAUCACUCCAAGCUGCCUCGUUAUUUCCAAGAGUUGAAGAAAUAUCAUUUGGAACAUCACUACAAGAAUUACGAGUUAGGCUUUGGUGUCACUUCCAAAUUCUGGGACAAAGUCUUUGGGACUUAUCUGGGUCCAGACGAUGUGUAUCAAAAGACAAAUUAG